GCCGUGGGCUUUGAUGAUGAAAAUGGCAUCUUCGUCAGCUUUGUCUCUCCCUCUCUCUAACAUCCCAACCUGCAAUAACAAGUCCCAAGAGUUACCAAAACCUACUCAUUUAUCCAAAUACCUCCACAGGCAUUACCAUCAUAUCAGGACAAAAACUCUAGACCAUAAACUCACCAAGAGAGCCCUGCUGAAUAUGACUGCCUUGGGUUUUACGCCACCUUUAGCAACUUUUUUGGCUCAUCCGGCAAAAGCUGAACCAGAAGCUCCCAUCGAAGCCGCUUCCAACAGAAUGUCAUACUCGAGGUUCCUGCACCAUCUGGAAGAAAAUGAAGUGAAGAAGGUUGACUUAUUCGAGAAUGGAACUGUUGCCAUCGCAGAGAUCUCCAAUCCAGCGUUAAGAAAGAUCCAGAGAGUUAGGGUUAACCUUCCGGGUUUGCCUGGUGAUCUUGUCAGGAAGAUGAAGGAGAAGAACGUAGACUUCGCUGCUCAUCCUGUAGAUGUGAACUGGGGAGCUUUCUUGCUCAAUUUCUUGGGGAAUUUUGGGUUUCCUUUGCUCUUACUUGGCUCUCUGCUAUUAUCAUCUUCUUCAAAUAGAUACCCUAGUGGACCCAGCUUACCUUUUGGCCUUGGAAGAAGCAAAGCUAAGUUUCAAAUGGAGCCAAACACAGGGAUAACAUUCGAGGACGUUGCAGGAGUAGACGAAGCCAAGCAAGACUUUGAAGAGAUAGUAGAAUUCUUGAAAACACCCGAGAAGUUCUCAGCCUUGGGUGCUAAAAUCCCAAAAGGUGUCUUGCUGACAGGACCGCCAGGAACAGGGAAGACUCUCUUGGCCAAGGCCAUAGCCGGAGAAGCCGGAGUUCCGUUUUUCUCACUGUCCGGUUCGGAGUUUAUAGAGAUGUUUGUUGGUGUCGGAGCAUCUAGGGUAAGAGACUUGUUCAACAAGGCAAAGGCUAAUUCACCCUGUUUAGUGUUCAUUGAUGAGAUUGAUGCUGUUGGGAGAAUAAGAGGAACCGGUUUAGGAGGUGGAAACGACGAACGUGAGCAGACGCUAAACCAGAUUUUAACCGAGAUGGACGGGUUUACGGGGAAUACCGGAGUGCUCGUGAUAGCUGCAACGAACAGACCAGAGAUUCUAGACGCUGCUUUGGUCCGACCAGGGAGAUUCGACAGGCAGGUAUCCGUUGGUUUACCGGAUAUGAGAGGAAGAGAGGAGAUAUUAAAAGUUCACAGCAAAAGCAAGAAACUUGACAGUGAAGUGUCUUUGAGCGUGAUCGCUAUGAGAACUCCUGGUUUUAGUGGAGCUGACCUGGCGAACCUCAUGAACGAGGCUGCGAUUCUCGCCGGAAGAAGAGGAAGAGAGAAGAUUACCCUUAAAGAGAUAGACGACUCUAUCGACCGGAUUAUCGCCGGAAUGGAAGGGACGAAGAUGGUCGACGGCAAAAGCAAAGCCAUUGUAGCUUACCAUGAAGUAGGACAUGCAGUCUGUGCGACAUUGACUGCGGGUCACGACCCAGUUCAGAAAGUAACGUUGAUUCCUAGAGGUCAAGCACGUGGUCUCACGUGGUUCUUACCGGGAGAAGACCCCACAUUGGUUUCUAAACAGCAGUUGUUUGCUAGAAUCGUCGGAGGACUAGGAGGCAGAGCAGCCGAGGAAGUGAUUUUCGGAGAACCGGAAAUAACCACCGGAGCUACCGGCGAUCUCCAGCAAAUAACUCAGAUUGCAAGACAGAUGGUGACGAUGUUUGGUAUGUCGGAGAUAGGUCCGUGGGCUCUAACCGAUCCAGCGACGACGCAAAGCGACAUCGUUCUAAGGAUGCUCGCGAGAAGCUCCAUGUCCGAGAAACUCGCCGAGGAAAUUGAUCAGUGCGUGAAGAAAAUAAUCGAUAACGCUUACGAGAUCGCAAAGAACCACGUGAGGGAUAACAGAGAAGCAAUAGACAAGCUUGUUGAUGUCUUGUUGGACAAGGAAACCUUAACGGGAGACGAGUUUCGAGCAAUCCUGUCUGAAUACACUGAUAGACAGUUGAAUACUGAUGAUAGAGUUCGAAUCAAAGCUUUGUUUAGUGUGUAG